UUCCAAGUUGGAGGCCAUUUUCGUGUUUCGCUUUUUGUGGUUUCAAGAAUAGGAGAGUUCGGUUAGAGUCUGUUUUCAACUGACAGCUAGAGAUGGCGAGUGACAUGAAGCAGCGUAAAGCAGCCGAGGCUGAGGACCACAUUCGUCAGGCAGAGAAAUGCAUGAAAACAUCUUUCUUUAAGUGGAGGCCAGACUUGGAUGGUGCUGCAUCUGAAUACAACAAAGCAGCAACAUGCUACAGAAAUGCAAAGUGUUUAAAGGAGGCAAAAGAAGCUUGUAUCAAAGCUGCAGAAGUGCAGCUGCAAAUGAAUGCACCAUUCCAUGCGGCAAAGUCGUAUGAGCAGGCUGGUCUUAUCAGUAAGGAGAACAACAUGAUAGAAGACUGCAUUAAUUUGUUGGAGUAUGCUGCCAAACUGUUUCAGGAGGAUGGUUCUCCAGACACAGCGGCUCUUGUACUGGACAGGGCUGCAAAAAUAGUGGAAAUUUCUCACCCCUCCAAAUCAGCACAGUUGUUUCAGAAAGCCUGUGAUGUAUCAGAGCUUGAAGAUAAACCAAGACAAUGUGCAGAGUUUAUUGGAAAGUCAGCUAGGAUAUUGAUUCAUCUGCAAAAAUAUGAUGAGGCACUAGUUGGGCUGAAGAAAGAAAUAGACUACCUUGCCUCAGUUGAAAACUUCCCUGCAAUCAGUCGGGUCCUCAUUGGUGCUAUAUUGGUUUAUUUGAAGCAAGCCGACCCAGUUGGAGCAGAACAGUUCUACAACUCUGCCCUCGGGUAUCCUGGGUUUGGCGACAGUGAGGAAGCAGCCCUAGUUGACGAGUUGAUCCAGACGUACAGUGACGGAGAUGAGGAAGGAUGCCGUGCUGCUCUCGCCUCCCCCACUAUUAAGUUCAUGGACAAUGCUUUUGCAAAACUUGCCAGAGAUAUGGAGAUACCAGCUGGUAUGGGCCGGCGAAUUCCCAGAAACCAGGAGACAGCGGGACAGCCUGUGGCUCCUAGCCAGGCCUCCAGGGCACAGCUUGAGGAAGAAGACCUGGAGAAUGGAGGAUUGUGUUGAGGGGAAAUAGCCCCAUCAGUAUAACAGCCAAGGGUUCUCAAAGGAAGAUUAUCCUAAGGGAGACAACCGUGGGAGAAGACCACAGACGGAGUGACUUGAAUCAUUCCACAUUGCAGGGUUGUAGUUUUACACUCAGGACAGUGAAGUCAGAAUGGUAUUUCUGACACCCAGUAGACAUCUGUGCCAGGUUAGGCUACAACUAGUCUACUGACACCGUUGAUACAAACGCGAUGUGAUGCACUCUGAAAUGGCAUUUUGUGUUAGUAUAUCUGAUUGUGAAUCAAAUUUACUUCUUUGCUUUCAGGAUUCUUUAAAAACUACUUGUUUAAUAUUUAAUAUCAGUUUAAUAAAUAUUUAAAAUCUGAUAUGAUUGAUUGAUAUGGUGUUUAAAAUUUUAAAUACAUUUAAUAGUGAAAUGAAAUAACUAAAGAUUUAUUUUCUAUGCAAAUCAUCGAUCUCAUUUGAUAGUUCAGUAUGAGUACUUCUUUAUAUUUCAUGUUUCAGUUAUCAUCUGUUAGGUCUUUAUUACAUACCUUUAAUAUGUUCAGAAUCACCUAAAAUUUGUUCCACGAUGGAACUAGCCCAAGCGAUAUUGAUAGAGUUUAUCAGGAUAUACAUGUAGCUAUUCUCAUAGUUACUGGAAUAUAUACCCAGUAUAUAUUUAUAUAUAUAUAUGGGUCAAAG